UGGUUUGGCAUGGACAUUGGGGGAACUUUGGUGAAACUUGCAUAUUUUGAACCUAUUGACAUCACUGCAGAGGAAGAGCAGGAGGAAGUUGAAAGUCUGAAGAGCAUCCGGAAAUACCUGACUUCCAAUGUAGCUUAUGGAUCCACUGGCAUUCGAGACGUCCACCUCGAGCUGAAAGACUUAACGCUUUUUGAUCGAAGAGGAAACUUGCACUUUAUUCGGUUCCCAACUCAUGAUUUGCCUACCUUUAUCCAAAUGGGAAGAAAUAAAAACUUUUCGACACUACACACGGUGCUCUGCGCCACUGGCGGUGGCGCUUACAAGUUUGAAGAAGACUUUCGCACAAUUGGAAACCUCCAGCUGCACAAACUGGAUGAGCUUGACUGCCUUGUCAAAGGCUUGUUGUAUAUAGACUCUGUCAGCUUCAAUGGCCAGGCAGAGUGCUAUUAUUUUGAAAAUGCCUCAGAUCCUGAGAGAUGCCAAAAGAUGCCUUUUAACCUGGAUGAUCCAUACCCGUUGCUGGUUGUUAACAUUGGUUCGGGAGUCAGUAUUUUGUCAGUCCAUUCCAAAGACAACUAUAAAAGAGUAACUGGAACAAGUCUAGGUGGAGGGACCUUUCUUGGUUUAUGCAGUUUGUUGACGGGCUGUGAAAGUUUUGAAGAAGCUCUGGAAAUGGCAUCCAAAGGAGACAGCACACAUGCUGACAAGCUGGUUCGAGAUAUUUAUGGAGGAGACUAUGAGCGAUUUGGCUUGCCAGGAUGGGCUGUAGCAUCCAGUUUUGGGAAUAUGAUCUACAAAGAGAAGAGAGAGUCUGUUAGUAAAGAAGAUCUUGCAAGAGCCAUACUGGUCACCAUCACCAAUAACAUUGGGUCCAUUGCACGGAUGUGUGCAGUAAAUGAGAAAAUAAACAGAGUUGUGUUCGUUGGCAAUUUUUUACGUGUGAAUACUUUGUCAAUGAAGCUUCUUGCAUAUGCACUGGAUUACUGGUCAAAAGGCCAGCUGAAGGCCUUGUUUCUAGAACAUGAGGGAUACUUUGGAGCUGUCGGUGCACUUCUUGGGCUGCCAAAUUUCAGUUGAGAAACCAGGUGUCACUACACUGAACUAUUUUCUACCUGAAUGAUGUUUGUUUGUGGCAAUGGGAACUAAAUCUGGGGAGGGGAGAAGAAAAUAGCUGAUUUUUCUGUAACUGUUUUUUCAAAGUGAUUAGCUACUGAAUAUUACCAUUAUAAAUGAAAGGAGUUUCAUUCUGUUGGCUGUUGAAAAGUGAAUUGUUUGGGGAUAUCGUUUAUGUUCUUU